AUGGUCGAGUUGCUGCUGCCGGAGGACGAGGUGAUCAAGGUGAGCAUACGUCCGGUCGAGAGACCCGCCGCCUCGCGGAACGCCACCGAUGCCCCCAACAACAAUAACAACAACAACAAGAAACCCGUCGUGGCCGAUGACGAUCUGGCCGAGGCGAGUCUGCGCGGGGCACUGGCCGCGCUGCGAUUGCACGCCCUGCAGGAGCGUCGUCUGCGCGAGCUCGAGGCCAUGGCCAAGGAGCGGCGACGUCGCAAGACCCUGAGACGUUGUCUGGGAACCUGGCGCGCCUGGUUGGAGCGUUGCAGGGAGCGCGCGGCGAAACAAGCCGGACCCGAGCGAAAGAUCGAGCUUCUGGUCUCGGCUCUGGGCGAGCGGCAGCAACAGCAGCAACAAAAACCCGUGGUGGCCGUCGCGAAGAAGCCCAACUCUGCCGCUGAAAAUAAUAAGAGCCGAUCGAGCAGCAAGAGACUGAGCAGCGUAGCCGGGGGCCCGGCUCACAAUCGGCUGCAAGCCCAGCGUCGCAUAAUCGAGGAGCAGCGAGCUCGCCUCCUCAAGCAGACUCGCCUGAUCCAGGAGCUGAAACUGCGGGAAAUCGAAAAAGAGGCCCGUCGCGCCGAGCAAACGACCCUCGAGGUGGCCAGGCAGGCCCUCGAGCGCUGCGACGAGCAGCUCACUCGUCGCGGCAUCGAGCAUCUUCUCCGUGACGAGGCUGGAGGAGUCGCGAACGUCCCCAUCGGACAGCAGCCGGGAUUCCUCACGAGGAUGCAGCUGAGGGCGGAGGCGCGAAAGCAGCGCAUGAUCGCCGCCCAGGAGGCUCGCCAGCGACGUCUCGAGGAGCAGCGCGCCCGCGAGCAGGCCAGACUGCAGCAGAACGAGGAGCGACAGAGGCGCAUUCAGAUACAAGCGCUGAAGGAAGCUCGCAAGCUUCGCCAGCAGUUGGAGCAGCGCCGCCACAAGGAGCUGGAGAAAGGAGCCCGACUGGAUCGCUUGGCCGAGCAGUUCUAUCGACGUUACCUGCUACGACGCUACGCCCUGAGACCGCUGCGUGGCCUCGUGCGCGAGACCGCCCGAAGAUUCGAGUUGGCCGAGGAGCACUACGGCUUGAAUCUAAAGUUGAAGAUCUUCGAGGCCUGGCGCAGCGACUGGACCGAUCGGCAGAACGCCAAGAUCCUACUGGCGCGCAAGAUGUAUCGGCACAAUCUGCUCUGGUACGCCUUCGAGCGCUGGAAGAAUCUGGCCCUGGAUCUCAGACGCAAGUUCCAGGUGGCCAGGGAUUUUUACGACAUGAAGCUGCAGGCCGGCUGCUGGAGGGCUUGGCGAGACAUCUACCUGGAAUUCAAAAAAGAAGAGAGAUCCAACGAGGACCUGGCGACCGGUUUCUACGAGACGAGCCUGAAACGCAAGUACUUUCAAUUGUGGUGCAAGUACGUGACCAUCGCCGACGACAUCAAGCAGCGAGAGCUUCGCAGGCAAGAGUGGCGAGGAUUGAUCAGCAAGUUCAUGCCUAAAACUCCACCGAUCAGUAAAUUGCAUAAUAAUCAUCAUCAUCAACAACAAUCGCUGCUUUAGA